GGACCGGCCCGUGGCGGAGGCCGCCCCGCGGCAGCCGGCGGGGUGAGAGGCGGCGGCGGCCGGAGAGUGGCCGGGUUGGGCCGCGGGGCUGCCAUGCUGCUUCGCCUGGCGGCCGAGUUUGACCUGCAGAGGGACGUGGUGCCCUGGCUGGCGGCGCAGGGCUGGGCCGCGGCUCUAGAUACUUCAGAGAAUUCAUCAGCACUUUAUAUCGUAAAUGUUGAAAGAAAUGGAAAAAUUAUUUAUACCUGGAAGGGAAAUCAGAAAAGUACCCAGAUUGGAUUGUAUGACCUUCAAACUAAAGAGAAUGAGCAUCUCUAUACGUUUGAGAAAGAUCUACGCAUAAUCAGUUGUUCAAUCAACAGUGAAAGGACGUUACUGGCAGUCAGCUUCCGUCAGUAUACAGAGGAAGAAAGAGUGACCCAGCUGUUACAGUCAGUGUCCAGGUAUUUAACCUUGCUGAUUGAAAUUCAUCCCGUUAAUAAUGUGAGAGUCCUAAAGGCUGUGGAUAGCUGCGUUCGAGUGCAGUUUCUUUAUCCAGUGGAAGGCAGAAAUACUUCUACAAAAAGUCAUCUUUUGCUCGUUUCAGAAGAUAAAUACAUUGAACAGUUUGAUAUCCACGUCGUUGCAGAAGAGGAACACAGAGUGGUGAUUCAGAACUCAGGUCAGCUUCCAAGAGCCAGAGUUGCAGAUGAUCUCAUUUGGGCUCAGUGGGAUAUGACAGAACAAAGACUCUUCUACAUUGUUCCAAAGGAAUCAAGGAGUACUUUAAAAUGUGUCCAGUUCUACCCUGAUGAAAAUUUUAACUCAACACUGGAAUCGCAACUGGAUAUUUCUGUAAAUGACAAACGAGUAAAAUUUGUGAAUUUUGGAUACAAUGACUGUGAAGACCCAGAUGUUGCAUCCAAGUCUUUGAAUCUUCAGGUUUUUACAAGUAAAGCAGGAGGAUUGUGUGUGUGUUGGAGUCUUGCUUUGGAUAUUCCUGGGGAAAUAACAUACUCCAUAUAUUUUUUACAUAAAGGGUUUAGCAAAACUUUUACAGUUUCUUUAGAAAGACCAGAAACUCCUCAAUUGAAGGAAGUGGCCUUUUUGAAUCUUGACUAUUAUGUGGCUGCUUAUUUACCUGGACAGUUCCUGCACCUUCUGAAUAUUCAGCAUCCUGAUCUGCUGUGCUAUAGUUUAUUUCUGACAGGUGAGGAUGCAAGAAUUGACAUGUUGCCAAACUGCUCCAUCCAGUGCCCACUUGUGUCAACAGUCUUGGAUUGCGACGUAGGAAGAAUGUAUGCAGUGAGCAUCAGUGACAACGCCUUAAUGAAGUUCCUGCAGAACAGCAAACGAGACAGUGAGAGGUUGGCAGCUCUGCAUUGUGCUCUUCUGUGUGUCAGAAGUACGACAGACUUGGAAAUGAAGAUUAUUUGGUGGCUUUCUGAGAACCUAUCAACGUGUCAUUCUUUUGAUCCUAUUCAGGAAUUUAUCAUUGCCUCCCUGUACUGCAGAAUGUGUCCAGAAACCAACAACCUGGAUAAACUCUUGCCCUACACAUCACUGCUUGACUGGACUGGGGUUAUCCCUGGAGUAGCAUGUGCAACAGACAUUAUUUCUCUACCUGUGCUAGAGAUCCAAAACUCUAAAGGCUUCUGGGAGAAACUCGACUCAAACUUGGAGAGUGUGAAGUAUGCAGAGCCACACUUGCAUUACCACAAUAAUGUGCUCAGGAGGGAAUGGCGUAGUCUCUCAGAAGAGCCAGAAGAGAGAAGAGCCUCAGCAUAUUUAAGGAAUAUAUUUGAAAACGCCAAAAAGGUGCUUUCUCAUCUGGAUGCUUGGGACUCUGAGGAAAGACUGGUACCUCUCUUUCAGGAGGAAGAUUAUCAGCAGCAAUUACUAAUGGGAUUGAUGUUUGCUCAGCUAAAGGAUCAUCUUAUGAGACAUCUGCAGUAUGUAGGAAUAAAGAAGAUUGACCAAAUAGUGCUGGAUUAUGUUUCAAACCUGCUGAAUCUGAUACAUCGAAUAAUGAAAGAAGUUUGGAAGCUGUAUCAGCUUCAUUCCUGCAUCUUCUGCUUUGAUGAGAGAGGAAGUGAAGCAGAGUUCAGGGUGUUUCACAUCAUGAGUCGAAUUCUGGAAGCUGCAAAUGGCAUGUGUAUGCCUUUACCUCCUGGUUUUCAUACUCUACAUUUGGGGCUUGGUGUUCGAUGUCUUCCCCUUCAUACUCUCCUGCACUAUAUUGAUAAUGGGGUUCUACGUUUGACAGAAACCUGUGUCAGGAAACUGCUGAAAGAUCUGGAUGACAAUGAGAAGAAUGAAAAGCUGAAAUUCAGUAUUGUGACAAGGCUUCCUGAGGCUCUUGGUCUAAAGGCCCGUCAGUUCUGGGAUCAUCCAACAAAUGCUAAUUUCCUUGCACGGAAGUAUGUGAAACUUUUGCUUGAAAAGCUGGGGACCAGGCAGUGUAGCAAGCCUGUCCCUGAGAGAUACCCAGUCCCUGUAGAAUUUUUGCCUCUUAACUACCUGACUAAUGUGCUGGCAGAGAUAGAGAAUCAAGGUGUGCUUUCGUAUGAAAAACAAGAUCAUAUUGAUGUCAGGUUUGUGGAGGAAGCAGCGCUGAAACACACGAUGAUGCUCUUGGGCCUCAGAUAUUCCUGAAAUGGCUUUCUUCAACUGCAUGUAAAUACUCAAAAUCACUCAAACUGCGUGUGGUACUGAAAAUCAUUCACAUACAAGUGUGCAGCCAACUGUGAUUUUUUUUUUUAAACUUAAAUGUCGUGUUUGCUAAUUAAUCUGCAGUUUGGAGUAGGCCACCAUUACUGACAUCAGCUACUCAAAGUAGCAAUCGUCCAGUGCACUAAGGCUGAAAUUACUGACCUCUAGGUAAAUUGCAGAGAAAUGCAUCUGAUGCAGACCUGGGUUUCCAACACAUCUGGGGUUUCAGGUCUGAAGUGGUCAAAUCAGUGGAACUAGUGGGUACCAAAACAUGCUGUGAAAAGGUAUUCUCUCAACAGUUUUAAUGAGACAGACAGUGCUGGAAAGGGUAGUCCAGCUGUACAGUAACAAAAAAUUGGCCACUAUUUACUCACUUAGACUAAUAAAGGCAUUUCUUGAUGUGAUGAUGUAAAAUAGGUAAGAAUAACAAAUGAGGCAUCAGUCUUUGUAUAUAAUCAUCAAUAAUGAUACUCAUUCCUUGUGGUGGUCAUGUAUUGUCUUACGGUACUUCUGCCUUUGGAGUGGGAUUCUAAUAUAUUGAGCUAUGUAAUUAGCACAAAAUGUAGUCUCCUUAAAUUAUAUGGGAGAGGGAUUUUAUGUAUGUUUUUUUUUUUUUUU